AAGUUCCAAACUUUGAACCCAUCUUCACCACACUUUAUUCUGUCAUACUGAAAACCUCAUUAUGGGAACCUCUGAUACACAUUUGUUGCUUUCUUCUAUUAUGCUGACUUUCAUUCUUUGCUUGUCAUGUUCCAUGGCCAAAGUUGAAGCUUUAAACAAAAAUGUCUCUGCCUUUUAUGUGUUUGGAGACUCCACGGUAGACCCUGGAAACAACAACUAUAUAGACACGCCUUUCAGGAGCGAUUUUCCACCAUAUGGCAUGGAUUUUUCUAGCCAUGUUCCUACAGGGAGGUUUAGCAAUGGGAAGCUUCCCACUGAUUACAUUGCUUCAUAUAUAGGCCUGAAGGAGCUUCUUCCACCUUAUUUGGACCCAAACAGCAAUAACCUUGAAGUGCUCAUGACAGGAGUUAGUUUUGCCUCUGCUGGUUCUGGUUUUGACCCUCUUACACCAAGCAUAUCAAAUGUAAUUCCACUGCCAAAGCAGGUGGAAUAUUUCAGAGCAUGCAAACAGAGGCUGGAAGGUGCUCUGGGUAAGCAAAGAAGUGAAGAUCAUAUGAAGAAGGCUGUGUUUUUCAUCAGUGCUGGUACCAAUGAUUUUGUACUUAAUUAUUUCACUCUGCCAAUGAGGAGAAAGACUUAUACUACUCCCUUAGCCUACCAGCAGUUCUUGAUCCAGCAUGUCAAAGAAUUCAUACAGGGUUUGUUGGCAGAAGGCGCACAAAAAAUUGUAAUAGUUGGAGUACCUCCAAUUGGAUGCCUACCAUUCAUGAUCACCCUGAAUUCCCCUAAUGCCUUUUUGCAACGUGAUUGUCUGGACAAUUAUUCAUCCGUUGCUAGAGAUUACAACCUACUUCUCCAACGUGAACUAAACGGAAUGCAAUCGCAGUUCAGAUCAUUUAAUCCAGAUGCUAAGAUCUACUAUGUUGACAUAUAUGGACCUAUAGCAGAUAUGAUUCAAGCUCAUGAAAAAUUUGGAUUUGAUGAGGUGAAUAGUGGCUGUUGUGGAAGUGGGUACAUUGAAGCAUCAGUUUUGUGUAACAAGAUUUCAAAUCUGUGCCCUGACCCAUCUAAAUACGUGUUUUGGGAUUCAAUUCACCCAACAGAGAAAGCAUACCACAACCUCUUCUUAGCUAAUGUGCCCAAAAUCGAUUUCAUCGUUAACAACUAGAAUAAGCUCCUAUAGACAUGUUCCU